AUUCCAUGAUUAAUAGCCAGAUUUUGAAAGCGUUCGGAUUAUUUUUUUCCUCGUUCAAUCAAAUACAUGAUCAUGGCUCCGGCUAUUAGGAUUUGGAUAUUUUUACUCAGUCUCAUCCAUAUAUUAGGGUACCAUUUAGCAUCAGCUGGGUAUUAUUGUUACUACUCUGGAUAUAGUGGAUACUAUUGCUAUUACUACUAUUCAUCGUACAGUGACGUAGGUACCAUUGCGGGGGCUAUCGUAGGAGGUAUAAUUUUCACCGUCAUCGUUGUUGUCGUGGUCAUCAUCAUCUGCUGUAAGAAGAAGAAUAGACCAGGACAGGUCAUUCAUAAUACACCUGCAGUCAACACAGUGACCACAACUCAUUACGGACAGCCAGGGUAUGGACAGCCACCUCCUAGUUACGGACAGCUACAGUCAGGAUUCAAUCAGUACAAUCAGUAUCCACCACCACCUGGUGGUAACCCCGCCUACCCUCCACCACCCCCACCCCAAUACUAACCAAUGAAAAUAUCUUCUUAUAUAUAAAUGUAUUUUUCUCACAAGUGCCAUUCAAUUACUGGGAAAUCACGAAUUUUCGAGGUUUUUGAGGUAUGAAAUGUUAAUUAUCAUAAAUAUAACUACUUAACGAUUCCUCCAUCCUAACAUUUGAUUCCUCCAAAAUAUGUGAUUUUACAGUAUGGUUAUAUUUUAAGUUUUAAUUAUUGGUAUGCAAAAUAUUUUAAACGGAUUGUAUCUUUCGUACUGAUGUAUA